AUGACAAAGGCGGUGGUUUACACCCUACUAGCCACCGCCACAAUAAUCUUCUUCAAAUUUCUUUCUCCAUUAAAACAUGAAGAAGAAAAGGGUAGCUUUAAUAGAAGGUUCGGUUACAAAAUAUUAGAAAGAGCGCCAAAUUUCGACCCGAUUGUAACAAAGAUUGAGAGAGGGGUAACGAAUUUCGAUAGUUACAAUGAUAAGGUUGUUGUUUCUGGUACGGUUUUGGAAAAUACAACCUCGGUUAAUGAUAUUUCGGAGACAUAUCAAUUUCUUACCUCAAGUGGUAAAUUGAAUACCACAUUGAGAUUAAUGAUUUUGUUUCCUUUGUUGGAUAGAGAAACAAAAGAUGGUUUUAUUGUUUCUAAUGAAUUGGAAAGUUGGAUUACUCAAAGAGCUUUGGAAAGAUUGGAUUAUUUUACGCAAACUCAAUUAGAAUCUAAGGAUAAAGAUGGUGAUUAUUGUCUUUCUUUUAGCGAAUAUCUACCUCAUUUAUCUGAAAACGAUACAGAGAAAAAUGAAAUGGCGCAUAAUGAAGCAGGGUGGUGGAGGGAGAAAUUUGAAAUUGCAGAUUCAGAUCAUAAUGGCCUUCUUAACUUCACAGAGCUUAGAGAUUUUUUGCACCCAGAAGAUAGCAAAAAUCCAGAAAUGUUGAAAUGGUUGAUUAGAGAUAAAUUAAAGCGUUUGGAUGAUCCUGAAAUUGAUGGAAAAUUAAAUUUCAAUGAAUUUGAAGAUCAUAUAUAUAAUACAUAUGAAAAUUAUAUGGAAUUUGAAACCAAUGGAGUUGAUGUACCUAAAGCAAAUGAUAAAUUUACUGAGCUUGAUGUGAAUAAGGACCAAUUCUUAACCCCUGAAGAAUUGUUCCCUAUACUUCCUUACAUCUAUCCUGGAGAGUUAGCUUAUGCGAAAUAUUAUACAUCCUAUUUGAUAAAUGAGGCUGAUGAUAAUGAAGAUAAAAAAUUGACAUUGGAGGAGAUGCUAAAUCAUGAAUUUAUUUUCUAUAAUACAGUUCAUGAAGAUAAUCAUAUGGAAAGUGAUGAUUAUUAUGAUGAACUGUGA